UUCGUCCCACCCAUUGAUGUUUUCUCCACGGAAGCUGCAUACAUUCUGCACAUUGCUCUCCCAGGAGCCAAGAAGGACGAUGUUGGAGUCAACUUCGACUCCGACAAGGGUGUCUUGAACAUCGCUGGCGUUGUCUACAGACAAGGUGAUGAGGAAUUUCUCAAGACUCUCACCCAGAGCGAGAGAAAGGUGGGUGCCUUUGAUCGCAGUGUCAAGCUUCCACCCGCAAAUGAGGAGAAGGAAGAAAUUGAUGGCGAUGCCAUCACUGCAAAGUUGGAGGAUGGUAUUCUCGUGGUCACGGUGCCCAAGGUUGAGAAGGAAUGGACUGAAGUCAAGAGAGUUGACAUC